UGUUUUGAGUACGAUAAUCUAGCAACGGUGCGAGUCCCGCCGCCGAUCAGCUGACGGUGUUUACUUACGUCGUCUGCAGCGUUUUCCUCGAAGCCUCGCUAGUGAGCCAAUGUAGCCUAGGAUGGAAGCUCAGCUGAUGACUUGAUGAGCCACAGGAAGGACAAGUAAAAUGGCUGGCUUGGACGACUACCAGUUCUUCUCGACACUGAGGGAGAAGGACAACCCAUUCUGGCAAAAAAAUCCCGACGACAAGGAGCGGAUGAUGGACCCAAUGGACCAUUUCCGACGACCCACAGAGUUUCCUGAGAACCUCCUCAACCCCGUUCAGGGAACCCCAAAUGCCCCGCCCCCAAAAGCCCCGGUCACAACACCCAGAAGUGACAUUGAGAAAGCACACGAUGUGCAGAUGGAGAAGUAUGGAGAGUUAUCCAUCAAUAUCGUCAGUUUAUGUGCGGAGAACUUACUUAGUCACCCAUUCAUUGUAGUUCGCAGACAGUGUCAGGUAAACAUUAAUAGCUAUCGUUACCACCUCCUGCCCAUCACCCUCGUGCCCGCCAUAAUCCACAUCCAGAGCUGCCAGGGCUUCUCGGCAUUCUGGAAGGGUCUGGGCUCGGUCCUAACUGUGCGGGGAAUAACCCUUGGCUUGGAGGACUGCAUCUCAAAGUUCACUCCAUGGCCAAAGGAAGUCUCACCACACAGUUCCCUCAAGACCAUAGGGCAGCACCUCCUCCUUAAGUGCUCGGCCCUGGCCCUCAUCACUCCCUUCUACAGCGCCAGCCUGGUGGAGACGGUGCAGAGCGAGAUAGCGAGUGAGAAGCCCGGGGUGCUCGACGUCUUCAAGGAGGGGCUGACUCGGCUCCUCUCCUUCACCCAGCCACAGACGGGCCGCAUGCUGCCCGUGUGGCUUCUCAUCGUGCCAACCGUGACGCAUGGGGUGCUGCAGUACAUCAUAGGCAAUGCCGUGUCCACACUUACCUCGCAGGCGCUGAGGUAUUACCACAGGCAGGACCAGCACAAGCAGGGAGCCGUGAGCAAAGAGUCUGGCUCGUUCCUUGAUGCAUCUGUCCGCCUCCAGUCAGCAUUUAUUGGUCACCUUGCCUCUGACGUGAUUCUUUACCCUCUAGAGACCAUCCUUCAUAGGCUCCACAUGCAGGGUACGCGCACAAUCAUCGACAGCCUGGAUGUAGGCUACGAGGUGAAGCCGAUUCUCACCCGCUACGAGGGGUUCUUUGACUGCCUCAACACCACAGUACAAGACGAAGGAGUGCUGGGAUUAUUUAAGGGCUUUGGUUCCCUCUGCAUCCAGUAUGCCCUGUAUGGUGCCGUGCUCAAGUUUGCACAAGUCAUCAUCCAGGAGGUGACGCUGGCCCUGGUGCCGCCCAAACCCAAGCUCAAGGUGCAGGACCCAGUCACACCAUUGGCCCCCAGCGCUCCCUACACCCCCAUCUCCGCCGUGCAUCCUGGAGUAGCCAGCCUCCACUCCUCGCCACUCCACCCCUCACGGCACCAGUAUGGAGCCACACCAGGCAACAGAAAGACCCCAGCCUAUGGUACACCAGGACGCAGGCCAGAUGUUGACCUGCGGGCAGAGCUGGAGAAGCACAAAAGCAGCCUGAACUAUGAUGACUGAUGUGCAUGAUGAUAAUUAAAAGAAUACUAAGGA